AUGCGCAUGGGGCCAGAUAAACCAAUGAAUGCGACGAGUAGUUCGCCCCCCAUACAUUGUGAUUAUGUAACUACGAACACCGGAAAAAAUACCUGCCAAGCCAAAGAAACGCCAUCCGCAGCAGCCAUGUUCUGCACCAAACUGAGAAAACACUUCACACAGAUCAAAAACCAGAGCCAUCCGGGACGUCGUUGUCAAUAUCAGAAGCUCAGCAGCAGUUCCAGCGCAACAGUACAGAAGACAAAGCCCAGCACCAGGAGCCGGCUAAGCAGCCUCAUGAAUUUGAUCAGCAUAACGACACUAGUUCUGGCGACGUUCAUAACCACCGCAUCGGCGAAUCCCGUUUUUGUCGAUAAUCCCAGCUUAGCACAAUUCAUAUCAUAUUCCGAUAUUGUCAAGAAUGUGAAUGUGGCAGUGGAGAAAACUCAGCUACUAAUGGAUGGAAACGAGUUCUCGCAGAACUACACCAUUUAUACCUAUAUACUCAUAACAGAAAACGAAAUGGCCAAUCAUAUAUUCCGCAAACAAACCACAGCCGGAGUCAUGGCAAUUCAAUCGGGUAGAAAUAUACGACAUUUGCCCUGCAUAGUGAGGAAAUCUGGACGAUCAGGAGUGUGUAUGUUCGCCAUCGAUUGUAUCAAACAGAAUGGAACACAUUUGGGCACCUGUAUUGAUCGCUUCUAUUUCGGAUCGUGUUGUGACAUCAAGGAUGAAGGUGCAUUGUUUGCCCCUGAGAUCGGAGAUAAUAGCAUCGAUCAGAACACCAUAUCGCAUCACUUUACAUCGGAAUCCACCACAAUGCCUACAAGUGCUUUGUUCAAGUUGACAACUUUGGGAACACACAUUGACAGUAAUACUACCUUGCAACAGCCACAAGCCGAUUUGACUCAAAUAUCCAACAUUGUUACACAGAGCAUGGCUUCGGCAGCAUCAACACAACAACAUACUCGCCGGCCGGUUACACAACAGACAAAUGCCACCACAAUCAGUUCCACAAAGCCCAGCACAACAACCACCAACAAACCUCCACAGUCCACCACCCACAAACAGUCGCAUUUUGUGAUUAGAACCACAGCUAAGCCGACAAAAGGUAGCACCGGUGGUGGAAAACCCUUGUAUAACACAACGACCAAGAAAAAGAAGAUUACAACAACAACUUCGACGACAACAACCACCACCACUACUACUACACCUCGACCAAUUCUCACCACCACAGCCAACAGCAAACUGUCACAAGACGAAUUGCCCUUGGAGGUCACCACACCACCCACAAAACUUUUCACAUUCCAAACGGUGGAAACCACUGUGGCAACACCCACCGAACCGACCAAAUUAAUGGAAUUUGUUACCACGCAACGCAUUGUACCACCAAAAACAACCAAGUCACCACAAACUACCGUUGCUCCAACCCUGGCCCACAAUGUAACAGCAACGACAGCCCAUCGACCCACAAUAAAACCCAAGCCACAAACCAGUCGAAAACCCAGUACAACGAAAAAACCCCAGAGCAAUAAACGGACAACGGUCAAACCAAGCACCAAGCCACAAUUGCCCACAACAAUGGCGGAUCAAACGAAUGCAACAACAGCAAAUGCCACCAUUACCAAAUAUCCCGCUGGAUAUAGACCCAAACCGAAACCCACAGCCACAAUUACCAAGGUACCCAGACCAACAACUACUUCAUUUAAGCCCAGACCCAAACCAAGCACUACCCAUGCGCCGGAAGAGCCCACUACAACUGAAGCCCCCAAAAAGGUACCAGUAACGUCGACCACAACAACCAGUACAUCUGCAUCCAGCAGCACCACAACAACAACUACCACAACUUCGACCACAAAGAAACCUCAUACCACCACUAAGAAGACAACAACUACGACGACGACUAUGCCACCAAAGAUUCAAAGCACCGAUGCACCUGUGGUCAGCAUUUCCACCACUCAAAAGCCAGGCUUAGUAACGUGGACUAAUAUUGACACCGAACCCAUUGAUCCAAACAAAGCAUCAGACUCUUGGAUACCAGUUACAACAUCAGGUCCCAGUGUUACUAAUAAGACAGAGGAAGAUAUCGAAUCGAAUAAAUACGAGGAACUUGGUGUCUCUGUAUCCACCAGUAUUAGUGCUGUGGUGAAUAACAAUACCAUAUUUGUUUCAGCACCACAAAAACCGAUUAUCUUCCAGACAUCGUCCAGUAGUACCACAACGUCGACGACACGCAAACCCACUACAACUAGCGCCAGCACAACAACGACAACACCUAAGCCCACAACCACCACCACCACAACAACGACGACAACAACACAUAAACCUCCCACUCAAUAUACAUCCCCAACAACAACGACAACAACCACAACCCCUAAACCCACCACACCAUCGACCACAACAACUACCUCCACCACAACUCAAAACCCUAUACCAUCAACAAAUCCUCCAAAACCCAUUACCGAAGCACCA